AAAAACCUUUUUGAGAAAAAAAAUAAUUCUUUUUUUGAAAAAAAAAAACAAAAAAAAACUUAGGUUGUUUUAUAAUAAAUGCUAUUAUUUGUUAGAAAUUCGGUGACCGUUGUAAUAUUGAGCUUGUUGUUCUUCCGGAUUAAUCGGUGUCGAUGCUUCCACACUCCGAUAGGAAUGACGCCGGAUAAUUAUUCGUCCGAUGCCACGAAAGCGGAUAAAUAUUCGCCCGGUAACGAUAAAUCGAAUUCUUUAUUCGUUGAAGAAGAUAAGCAUUAUGAUUUGCCUUCCUCCAUUAACAAUACCACUCCAAAUCCCACAUCGAAGUUGAAAUCCAGUAAGUUUUUUCGAUCUGAGAUAACGAUCUUUGAUCCGAAUAACUUCACAAACAUCUCGUUGUCUUCAGGUGGAGGCCAUGUUUUCAAGGAAGAAAUCACCCGUGACGAUAGUGGAUCUUCGCCAGCGACCUUGUCGACCGAUGUUGAUAAGAGUUUUAAGUACUCCGAGAUCUUCUUACCGCCCAUUCCCACUAUGGAGUCCUUCAUCCAAGAAGAGAACGUGGAGAGGGACGGUAUACUCAUACUUCCUAAUCCUAUUUUCGUGGGAAAUGGUGCCAAAUCUAUCUCGCCCACUAAGGUUGAAAUCACGUUGAUCAGUGAUAGCGGAGGGACUAUAGAUGACAAAGAAGCUAAUCUGACAGGCACAGCAAUCGUUCAUUUGUCCGAUCGUGAUAAUAUUUCAAAACGUUCAGGUGAGGUUAAUACUUCGCGGCUAAGGAUGUCCAAUAGCGAGUUCAAAAAUUCCUCUUCACCACCCGGCACUACCGGUUACAUAGGCGAAGGUACUAUUAAGAAGAAUUACGAUGAUUCCUCACAAAAUUUGCUUAGAAAUUUUCCGCGCCAAAAUAACCACGCAGAGAGUUACGCGGAUUAUGGGCAUAACCAGGGUUACGGAUAUUACGAAGAUUCCAACCAUUUGGGCAAGUUCAUCGACUCCGAGUCUCUCAUAAGCGCAGUUUCUGGAUUCCAACUUUACAGGUAUUUAGAUCCUAAUCUCAACGCACCCCCACCUAACAACGACAACAACAACAAUAACAAUAACGAAAGAGUCGGGAAGGAGAUGAGCUCUUCCAGCUAUCAUCCUCCGGACAAUUUCGAAAAGAAUGCCAGUAAAAGCGGUAUGGGUUAUAGCGGUAUGGGUUAUAGCGGUAUGCCUUACCCUGUAUCUUCCUCCGCUCUUUCCUCGCUGUUAUCCUACGUAAAAUUUUACGAUGCCCAAAAUCCCGAUAAAGUAAAUAUAAGAUCCAACAGUAUCGAGAGAGACUUUAAUGACGAAUCGAGCCAUCCCUAUGACGAUAUCAAUUUAAUAUCUCCCGCAACCAACCACGUCAACACGAUCGCGAAUCUUAUAAAGAGCAAAACGCCCCAGGUGGCGGCUAACCGAAAUUACACUGUCCUAACAAACGGUUCUAGAAAUUUGGAAGAUCGCGAUUACGCAGAUGGGUACGAAGAUGUGAUCAACUCUUCCGCCACCACUAAAAAAUCUAAGGAAAAACGAAAUUCUAACCCUUACAUUUCUUUGGGUAUUCCACCCAUGAGCGCCGGAAUAUUUGCUAAGCACAAGCUGCUGUUGGAAUCUUCGAAAAAUCUGAUCAUAAAACAGCAAAUAAAUUCGCAGGAAUCGAAAGAGCCGGUUGAAUUUAAAAUGGAAGAUAAGGACUCAUCCUCUAAGCCUGAUUCUCAACAAGCAGGAUUUAUUGAGAGAGACGACAAUUUACCACCUUCCAGCUCCUCGAACAGUAACAACUCCAGCAGUUGGAAUGAUACUGUCAAGUAUAAUUUAUUGGAUACCAUGACUCCCAUGAUUCAGAAUGAUUUUCUGAGUAAAAAAAAUUCUUCUACAACCAUCACCCUUCCACAUUAUACCAUCAUCAUUAACGCAUCGAGAAGCAAUGAAAAACCUGAAACCCUCAAGGGUCCCAAGUCAAUAUCCAUCAAAACAUUAGAAGAACAGGAUUAUAUCAAAUUUGAACAGCCGGGUCUGGAUAGAAGCAUUUCGGCAAAGGGCGACUCAGAUGCUCGGUUUGCUUCAACCUCUUCCCCGAAGAUAGUCACCAAAUAUGCUCCCAAUCUAGCAACGCCGAACACGUCUAGCGAAUCGAUAAAUAAUUCCUCCACCAUGAGUAACGAUCAUUCAUCAUCCUCAGAGCAUUCCAUUCAGAAAAAGAUCUCGAUCGAAGAGAAGGAAGCCGAGAUUGUCAAGGGUCGGCCACCACAAUCGACCAAAAAAGAAGGCAACGUGUGCCUAACACCCCAAUGCGUUGAAAUAGCGGCCUCCCUUCUUUCUUCUAUGGACGCGACGCUGGACCCCUGCGAUAAUUUUUACGAAUACGCUUGCGGUAAAUGGGAUAGGGAACACGUGAUCCCGGAAGGGGAGUCUAAAAUUAAUCCCUUCACAGAACUCACUCACAAUUUAAACGUCAAAAUUAAGGGUAUUUUGGAGGAGCCCAUCAAAGUCAAUCAAGAUAGAAUCGCCGUUGUCAGAGCGAAGACUUUCUACGAAUCGUGUAUCAACGAAAGUUUCAUAGAAAGCGCUAGGGUAGAACCGUUGUUAGAAUUCCUGAAUAUGUUGGGAGGAUGGGCGAUGCUGAACAGCAAAAAUUGGAAUGAACAAUCCUUCGAUCCCAUACAAACGAUAGCCAGGCUCCGGAGGUACAGGAUUAAUGUGCUGAUCCAAGAAGGACUCAAUCCGGACAAGAGAAAUUCCUCCAUCUAUAUUGUCGAAAUAGAUCAACCCAAGUUCAAAUUUCAAAGGGAACGUUACAUGAAUUCCAUGGAAGACGAGGUCAUGAAAAGUUACCUGGCAUUUAUGGUGGAAGUGGCGGAAUAUUUGGGAGCUGAUCGGGCGGACGCCGAGAUCCAUAUGAGACAGACGUUGGAAUUCGAAAUCCACCUUGCUAAUAUAAGCUUACCUACAAGGGCGAGGCAUCUAGUGUCAAACUAUUACACCAAGAUGAACGUCGGAGAAUUGAUAAAAGAAAUCCCGGAAAUAAAUUGGCUCAAGUACUUCAAGCAUUUGAUGCCCGAACUGAAGGAAGAUGACUUGGUGGGAGUUCUCUCCUUGGAAUACAUGAGAAAGUUGGGAAAGUUAUUGACCGUAACUCCCAAAAGGGUAGUUUCCAAUUUUAUCAUGUGGAAAACGGUGCAUCAUUUGUUGCAAUACACCAACCGGGACUUGGUGGAUAUGGAAAAAGCUUUUAACAAGCUCGUCAGCACGGGAUCCUUAAAGUCCAGGUGGAAGAUAUGCGUUUACAAUACUCUGAAAUUUUUCCCGCUCAUUAACGGCCAUCUUUUCGUGAAACGAUACUUCGACAAGGAAACCAAGGAAUCGAUUUACAACAUUUCGAAAGAAAUCAAGGACGUGUUCAACGAGCGUUUACCUCAAAUCGAAUGGAUGGAUAAUCAAACCAGGAUAGUGGCACAAAAAAAGGCAGAUUUCAUCAUAAAGAAAAUAGCUUACCCGGCAUUGCUUUCGGAUUUGGAUUAUUUGGAUAAUAUAAAUCGGAGGGUUAAUAUCAGCAAGGAAACGUAUUUCGGCAACAUACUAAAACUGGAACAAGAGGCGAGCCAAAUGGAUCACACUUACUUCCGGAAAUACGUCAAUAGAACCGAAUGGAGGGACACCAUCUUGGAAGUCAAUGCUUACUACCACUGGAACAAAAACUACAUAAUGAUACCAGCUGGCAUUCUUCAGACGCCAUUUUAUAAAAAUGGAUACCCUAAAUCAGUGAAUUAUGGAAGAAUAGGUUUCAUCAUAGGCCACGAAACUACGCACGCAUUCGACUCAUCUGGAAGUCAAUACAACGAAUUCGGUAAUCAGAAGGAAUGGUGGUCCAAGGAGAUUACCAAAAAUUUCCAGGAGAAGGCGUCUUGCAUUAUCGACCAAUACGGAAAUUACACCGUACCGGAAAUUGACAUUAAACUAAACGGGGUAGCUACCCAAAGCGAAAAUAUAGCGGAUAACGGCGGAAUCAAACAGGCCUACGCUGUAAGUUCAAUUCCUAAAGAUUCCAGAGUACAAGUAGCCAAAACCCUCUCCACCUGUCUUCAAUCAUUACUAAAUAACUUCUCCUCUCUCGAUCAUUGGCUCAAACUCUUCUCAUUUUCCUUCACCACUCUCCAACCACCCAAUCCAAAAAUCCUUAAAUCUUUAGCCCAACAAAUCAAAGAUGCAACUAUAGAUCCCUUCAACAACCACUGUAUCUCCACACGAACCUAA